AUGGAGUCUCGUUAUCUUCAGCAUCGUCACCGCAGAAUUGUCAAAUAUUCUUUACCUCUCCCUGGCUACCCGAUCACCUGGCUGACAAUUCAAAAAGACCGCUUAUAUCUCGCCGCUUACACUGAGGCGCCCGAUGCCAACACGUUGUUUCCCUACCCCGACCAAGCUCCUCGGUCGCCUAGGAAGCGAUCGCAGCGCAAUGUCGAGCCCACUCCCGCCCAAGACUACAAGCAGCCCUACUAUUUCACAGUAGAUGAUACUCUUCUCUACAACGCCUUCCACCACGACUUUGGCCCGCUUCACAUUGGACAUCUCUACCGCUUUGCGCUGCAGUUCCACGAGAUCCUCGGAGCGAAGGAGAACAAGGACAGGCCCAUUGUUUUCUGGAGCAGAGCUGAUCCUCGCAGCCGUGCCAAUGCUUCUUGCCUUCUCGCUUGCUACAUGGUUUUGAUUCAGUCAUGGCCACCACAUUUGGCCCUCGCGCCUGUUGCGCAAGUCGACCCCCCCCUCAUGCCUUUCAGAGAUGCCGGCUAUAGUCAGGCCGACUAUGGCAUCACUGUCCAGGAUGUCGUUUAUGGUGUGUGGAAGGCCAAGGAGGAGGGCUGCUGCGUUCUUGAGAACUUUGAUCUCGACGAAUACGAAAAGUUUGAGCGGGUCGAGAACGGCGAUUUCAACUGGAUCUCGCCCAGCUUCCUUGCUUUUGCUUCCCCACAGACCGCCGAGGUGGCCAAGACGCCAGAAGGCACGGAAGGUUGGGAGCUGCUUCCAAAGAACCUUGCCCAGAUCGAGUCGGACGCCUUUAUCAACCAGCCCCUUCGCAAUGUCUUGACACACUUUACCGAGAGGAAUAUUGGACUCGUGGUUCGCCUCAACUCGGUUCUCUACAAUGCCUCGUACUUUGAGGCUCUUGGCAUCCAGCACAUCGACAUGAUCUUCGAGGACGGCACCUGCCCACCUCUUUCCACUGUGCGCAAAUUCAUUCGCUUGGCUCACGAGAUGAUCACGGUCAGGAAGAAGGGCAUUGCUGUUCACUGCAAGGCUGGUCUCGGUCGCACUGGCUGCUUGAUUGGUGCCUACCUCAUUUACAGAUAUGGCUUCACCGCCAACGAGGUCAUCGCCUACAUGCGCUUCAUGCGUCCGGGCAUGGUCGUUGGCCCCCAGCAGCACUGGCUUCACCUGAACCAGGGUGUCUUCCGGGAAUGGUGGCUCGAGGAGCGCAUCGAGAGGAAGCUUCGCAAGGAGAUGGCUGCCAACGCGGCCAAGGGUGUACCCCAGACUCCCAACCGUGCGGUCCAAAAGGCUGCUCGUGGUGCGAGCAAGAAUGGCGUCGCCACCCCUCCCAACCGCGCAGGGCGCACACCACUCGGCGAGAUGGAUUCGGUUGACAAUGCUCGGGACAACAAGGAAGACUAUCUUCCUGCGCCGACACCAGGUCAACCGAGAAAGACUGCUCGUGCUGGGUAUGGCCGCAACACCGCCAGUGUUGUCGCUACUGUCGAGGAGGAGCGCGCCGUCGAGGAGACCCAAACCGAGAUCAUCUCAAUGCACCGGACGUCGCAGGGCAACGAGUCGGACGAGGAGUUGUAUUUGCGAAUGCGCUCUCAUCGCAAGGCUUCAGCGUCAAUGUCUCCGGACCGCCGUACCAGCGAGCGUGCCGUCAGCCAACAAACAACAACCACCACAACCGUCUAUCAAGUCGUCGACAACGAUGCGUCCAACGAUAUCGAGAACAUCGGCACCGGAGCAGCCAGAACCAAGUCUUACGAGCAAGCCCAGCGAGUUAGUUCCGCGUCUGGGGUUCUGACCAAGGUUCGCGGAGGCAGCAGCAGUCCCAAGAGGCAAGGCGCCGUAGCUCCCACGGGCGUUCGCAAGACGAGCGGGCGGGUAGGGAGCGCGAGCCAUGUGUCUCCGGUCACGACACAGAGGAAGAUCAGUGCCGGGCUCCAAUAG